CUUUAUUCUUCGGCAUUUUGUUUUAUUCAAUUCUAGCACUUAAAUUUGGCUGAGAGUUCUCAAUUUUUAGAAUCGUUCCAAAAAUUGUGAAAAUAAAAAGCCAGUCCCUUGACUAGAGACUUGACAGCCAACAGAAUGAAAGAAUUCACGAUUGCGCACGCACACGUCUCUUCCGGCUACUCGAUUCUCGGAUCUUGAAAAUGAUUUUUAUUCGUGUCAAAGAUGGAUUCCUAUCCUGACGUACAGGAACACGAAUCCUGUGCAAAAAGAAUCAAACUUGAUCUUGACGAGUCUAAUCUUGGUGAAUUGUGCAAAGGAGAAGGAUUUUCUUGUUUUUCCACAUCAUCAACGGGACCGAUUGACAUCACUGAAGGCAUAUCGGCAGACUGUGAUUCAGGAUAUGAAGCCUCAAAUUUGGAAUCGGUGGCCACACCACUACACACCUCCCCUCGGACAGAUCCCGGAGACAUCCAAGAAACCAUGUCAAGCAUUUCGGAGUCAUUCAUGCAGACGCCAACUCAUACCGAUCAGCAAGAUAUGUCACAGGAUAGUCUAAUUGAAGAUGACGAUGAUAAUGCAUCAACAGUUAGUGAAUUGAGUGGAUUGUCGGAUUUAUCCGGACAAGAUUGGAAACCAAUGGCUGGAAGUAUGAUUUGGAUUCAACAACAAAUGCAAAAAGGCGUCAACCCCAGAGAAAUACUAUCAGAAUUGGGAGUGGAUAGCCAGAUUCCUGAAUAUGUAGACGACAUAGCGAUAUGGAAACUUAUUAUCAACAUGCUAUCAGAACCCCCACGUAGGAAUAAACUUCGGCACAUAAACACACUGGAUGACGUGGUGCGAUUAUUGAAAGGUGCUCAAAAUAUAAUAGUAUUAACAGGAGCUGGAGUAUCAGUGUCGUGUGGGAUUCCUGAUUUCCGUUCCAGAGACGGCAUUUAUUCCAGAUUAGCUAUCGAUUUUCCGAAUCUUCCAGAUCCACAAGCUAUGUUCGAUAUUAGCUACUUUAGUCAAGAUCCUAGGCCUUUCUUCAAAUUUGCUAGAGAUAUCUACCCCGGAAAGUUUCAACCCAGCCCUUGUCAUAGGUUUAUCAAAUUAUUAGAAAAACAGAAGAAACUCCUUCGUAACUACACCCAAAACAUCGAUACUCUCGAAAAAGAAGCCAAGAUCGACAAAGUCAUAGAAUGUCAUGGUUCUUUUGCCACAGCGACGUGUACGAAAUGCAGCCAUAAAGUCACCGCGGAGAAGAUUCGAGAUCACGUCCUUGCCCAGAAAAUACCCCUUUGUGAAGUCUGCCAUCCCGGUCAAGAAUGUAGCGUGUCUACUGACGAUAUUAGAGCUAAUCAAGUAAACAUGAACUACAGAGAACUUGUCGAGUCUGGUAUCAUGAAACCUGACAUAGUUUUUUUCGGAGAAGGUCUUCCAGAUACCUUCCACGAAGCUAUGAUAGAAGACAAGUCGGAGUGUGACUUACUUCUAGUCAUCGGCAGUUCCUUGAAGGUCCGACCGGUGGCAUUAAUACCUAGUAGCCUUCCUUCACAAGUUCCUCAAAUCUUAAUCAAUAGGGAGCCCUUGCCACAUUGUCACUUUGAUGUGGAACUGUUAGGCGAUUGUGAUGUCAUUAUUAACCAUCUAUGUAGGCUAUUGGGUAAUCAUUGGGAAGAAGGGAUCUACUCCUCUCAAACGUUACACCACGCCGCAACGUUGCUCCCAUUGGAAAACCCACCCCUGCCAGAGAUCCAAGACAAACCACCUAUACCCAGCAUAGACUUCAACUACCCACACGAGUCGAAUUCCUCCCAUUGUAUAUGCAAGAGUACAAAUAGUAGUUCCUUAAGCACAGACGUGAACACUGAAACGCAGUGCUUAUGUUUUACAUACAAGUCAAUUAACGAUAGCGAAUUAGAAAAUAAAAGCGGGAAAGAGAGACACAUGAGUAUCGAUUCGGCCAAAGAUUCGGGUAUCGGCGAGAAUUCGAACUUUACCGAUAAAUACGAAUCGGACGAAAACGGUGAAGAGAAAAGUGCUACUAGUUUUUGUUUAGAGAUUUGUAAUGACUCGUCGACGUCCUCAGAAGGAUUUCGAAAGAGCACCUCGGAUCUUAGAGGAUAUUGGCAGCCCAAGGUGAAGAAGAGCCUGGCAGAUAGAUUGCCAGAGAACGCCUUCCACCUAAUACCCCCGAGCCGAUAUAUCUUCCCAGGAGCAGAAGUGUUCUAUGAUCCAGAUGAAAAACUCCACUAUGAAGUCGAUACUUCCAAUUCCGAGGAUUCGGAAAGUGAGUCUGAAUGUGGCAGUCAGAACUGUUCAUUGUAGUUCAUUACUUCUCUGUUUUUAUUAGUUGUAAGUGUUUCCCUGUUGUUAUGUUAUAAUUUUUAUAAACUGAGGGACGUAGCUCUGUUCGCAGAGUCUUUGUUGUUGGAUUCGUUUUUAUUUCUUAAAAAUUUUUGUUAUCUGUGUAUGGGGUAUAUGAAAUGUAGGUGUAUGUAUGUUUCAUUGCAUUUAUUUAGCUCAGUUGUGUUUUAUGGAACGUUUAUUUUUUACAGAUACAAUACAAUACUAGGUACACGCAAUUUUAUCCUCCUUAUUUGUGUAACGAAAACUUUAUUAAUAGCUAUUUAGGGGAAAAUUAUAAAACUCGAAAGUUUUAUUUCCAUUUCCAGGAAAAAUGUACCCGUAAACUGUCAUAGCUAGAUAUUGUGCAAAAACUGUUGACUGUAAAUUAAAGUUUUUCUCUAUGUUAUAAAGAUCUUUUUUUGUAAGAAGAUGAAUCCUUUGUAGCUGGGAAUCAGUAUGCAGAGAAUCUUGUACACUGUCCAAUAUCUGAGUCAUUGGGAUUUUUAAGGCCAUCUUUGCAGCCAAUGUUUCUCUUUCAUCUUUUGUUAAACAUAGGUGGCCAAUAUCACUUUCAUGACCAACAUGAGUUUCCAAGAAUGUAAUUUCAAAAUCAACACUAGGCUUCAUAAUAAGCUUUAUUGAUGCUGGACAAUACCCAUUUAUUCUGUUACUUCUCUGGGUUUUUAGGUGACGUAUACCUUUGCUUGUGGAAUUAAAAAUGCCCGAUCUAUGACAACAAUACAUUGAAACUGUGUGGUCUUUUGCAGAAAAAGUACCUCUUCUUUUCACAAAAAAAGAACUAGUAUCUCUUUCAAGUUGGCUCUUCCAAGUAGUAAAUUCUUCUAAACAUGUAAAUUUGUGGUUACAAAAUUGUAAAGUUAGUUCAUGAAUAUUUUCAAAAUGUUUAUGCAAAUGUAAUGUCACCACUGAUGAAUAAUCCCAAAGUGGACAUUUUUUGUUGCCUUGUACUGAUCUAUUUCGAAGAUUUUGUGUAGUACCUAGCAUGUUUUUUUAUGGUAGUUAAAUUUCCUCUUAUUUUCAAAUGUUUUGUUGCAGAUACUGCAUUCAAACUUAUGUUCUUUCUGUAUUUGAGGAAUUUCCUUUCCUGAAAUAUAGAAAUGCAAGUUAUAAAUACCAUUUAUAAAAUAAAUUUAAAUUGAUUUUUACCAGAAUGUUUGAACUUGAUGUGUCUUUUUAAAUUCCAUUGCUUACUGAUAGUCAUUUCGCAUCUAGAACACUUUAUUUGCACCUCCAUAACAAAUCAAAACAUUAUAAUAUCAGUUAUAGACAGAAAAGAAAACAAUCCACAAUCUAUUUUAUAAAACUGUCACUGUAUAAAAACUGACCGAAAAGUAAUUGAAUUCCUGGUUGCCUAUCUGUGUCCGAGAUUUAUUUGGUACGCGCUGCCGUUAGACGUUUGAGCAUCGAGCAAAAAGACAAAAGAGGGAAUGUAAAGGUAGUGGGGGUAAACAUAUUGUUAGACAGGAAGUGCGAUCUUUAGAGGCCACAUUAAACAAGGAAAGAGAGUCUCUCUCCUUGUUUGACAUCAAAUUUAGUUGGGUUUAUGUUUAUUGUUUGUCCCAAAUGUCACAUGAAAUCUUAUUUAUAUUGAAGUUUUUUAACAAUUGUGUCGCAUUUUAGACUCUUAUCAUUAAUAAUUAAUUAAAACUUUCUCGUCUAAGACACAUUCUGAAAAAUAUUAUAUAGCUACUGUUGAUAAGUGUCGGAAAAUUUAAAUUUGGCGCAUUCGCAUUUCCGGAUAUGUCCGCCAUCAGAGGCCACUUUUUUGGUCUCCUUUUCAUAAGGAUUAGAUUCCCUCUUUGAUAGAGAUAAAAAACAUGUGAUGUAUCUUUAAUUACAUUCUUUAGUUGUACG